AUGGCUACUGAGAAACAAGAUUCUUCACGAAAACGUCCACCCAAUUUUAGAAUAGAAAUUCCUGGUGCCGAAACUGUCAAGAGUAGAAUUUUGGAAAAACUUCAAAAAGUAAAAGCUCCACCAAAAGAUUGCGGUGAUAUAAAAGGCUUAAGUGGAGUGUACACCAUCAACCCUAAUAGAGAUAGUUGUGGUUUUAGUGUCUACUGUGACAUGACUACAUAUGGCGGAGGUUGGACAGUAUUCCAGAAUAGAAUAAAUGGUAACGUAGACUUUUAUAGAAAUUGGGAGGAGUUUGAAUUAGGAUUUGGUGACAUUGAGACUGAAUUCUGGCUAGGAAAUGAAAAACUUCACCAACUUACUUCCAGCAACGCAUACACUCUUAUGGUUGUUUUAGAAGAUUUUGAUAACGAGACACGUUAUGCAGAAUAUCAAUCAUUUGCCAUAGGUGAUGCGCCUUCAAAAUAUGCAUUAUAUGUCAGUGGGUAUAGUGGCGACGCAGGAGACAGUCUUUCUUACUCAAAUGGUAUGAAGUUUACGACUUUUGAUCAGAACAACAACCCUCCUUCGAUGUAUGGUAACUGUGCUGUGUCUUUCCAUGGAGCUUGGUGGCAUAAGGCCUGUCAUCAUAGCUGUCUGAAUGGUGGAUAUUUGGCGGGAGAUCUAUCAACGUUUGGAAGUGGAAUUAAUUGGUACACUUGGCGGGGUUUAGAAUACUCUUACAAGUCGGCCAGAAUGAUGAUACGAAGACAGUAG